AUGAACUACUAUAUACCGACAUGGUGGUUUUUACUCUGCGUGGUAUCUUCUGUACUAAGCAUUAUUAUUUCUAGUUAUUCCAUCACUAGGCAACUUCUAAACUAUCGCAAGCCCCAAGAGCAACGACUGGUUAUUAGAAUACAGAUGAUGGUGCCAUUGUUUAGCGUUACAUGCCUUCUGGCAUGCAUAUAUCCGAAGAAGUCUGAAAUUUGGAUAGAUCCAAUUAGGGAGAUUUAUGAAUCAUUCGUUAUUUACACGUUCUUUUCGUUGUUAACCUUAAUACUGGGAGGGGAACGUAAGAUUAUCACGGAACUUUCAAUUGGUAAAGCGCCGAUGAAACACCCUAUAUUUUUGCUUGGAAAUGUCUUACCUCGAGUAGACAUGUCUGAUCCUGCUGAGUUUUUGCAUAUCAAGCGGGGUAUUCUCCAGUACGUUUGGUUUAAGCCUGUGUACUGUCUAGCAAUGUCAUUGUCGCAUACUUAUAAUUGGGAUACAAAACUGUGGGUGUAUCUUUAUAAUAUAUCCGCUACUUGGUCGCUUUAUGAUUUGGCAUUAUUUUGGAAGUGUCUUUACUCAGAGCUACAGCAAUACAAUCCUUGGUCCAAAUUUUUAUGUGUGAAGUUGAUUAUUUUCGCAUCUUACUGGCAAGGGUUAGGUAUCGGUCUUAUGUGCAAAUUGGGAAUUAUAGAAAAUCGGCCAGAAGCGAAUUAUGGGUAUGUGUAUCAGAACGCAGUGAUGUGUGUAGAGAUGAUUGGAUUUGCGCUUGGCCAUUUGAUUGCCUUUAACUGGUUCUCAUAUAGCUCUAAAACAAUUCCAGAGGGAGCACGCAUGCGGUUCAAGUUUGCAUUGAGGGAUUGCUUUGGUUUUGGAGAUCUCAAAUGGGAUUUCAAGACCACUUUUUUCGGAGAAGACUACAACUAUCGCCAUUUUGAUUCCGCAGAAUUUGUAAUGGCGCACAGAAACUCGCGGUCGAGAAUGGGGCGUCUGCAACAAGGUCUUAGAUAUGCAAACGGAGGAAGAGAUCGUUACUGGGUCCAGGAAGGGGAUGCUGCUUCUAACUCGUCGUAUAAUUCCUCUUAUGGGAGUACGGGUCAAGAGGAAGUAUGGAACGAUUUUUUACAAGGAGAAAGUGGUUAUAUUCCAGAAGAUCCGAAUUACCCAGUAAUUUGGGACGUUGAUGCAUACAAGUACACGCGGGACAUGGAAAGGCUGCGGCAAACUAUGAGGAGAUCUUAUGAGACUUGA